CUCCCUGAGCAUUUUAUUUAUAUGUGUAUAUUGCAUCCUUUUGAAGAAGCAGCAACAGCAGAAAGAAAUGGAGCACAAGGAACAGCUCAAAAAGUCCAAGGUUAUCAAAAUAGACUCUAUAAAAUCAUGGGAACACCACAUCUCCCAUGCUACCAAUCAAAACUACCCUGUUGUGGUUCAUUUUACUGCCUUCUGGUGCGUGCCAUCUAUAGUUAUGAAUCCUUUUUUUCAAGAAUUGGCCUCCACCUAUCAAAAUGUUCUAUUUCUGACAUUGGAUGUGGAUGAGGUCAAGAAACACGCAAUGUUAUCCAGAGGGAAUCAAGUAAAGGGUGUCCACACAAAUCCUUCCAAAUUGUUCAUUUUCGGAUUCCAAAACCCACUUUGAGUUCACAUGGUCCUUGCGUGUAUAAACAAUCAUAGUAAAGCUUAUCUCUAAUCUAAUCUUCAAUAAAAAAAAUAUUCAUAUGGUCUUUAACUUACAAUAAUGAAACUAUUGAUUAUAAUAUAUUAAACAGAACCCUUUUGCAGAUAAUCAUUAUUUGCCUAAUGCAUUGUGAACAAAUUUGCAAUUAUAGUAUCUACUCUCUGAUCCCCAUUUUCCUUUUCCUUCAAAUUAAAAGAUAUUUUCCAGCUUCCAACUACGAAUUAAUAAUGUGAUAUUAUAGGACCAAGAUACUUGGUUCAAAAGAAAGAAUUAUUAGCAUAACUUCUUACUGAGUGGAAUUCAUAAAUGUCUUAACCCCUUUUGUUCUACCACUAUGUGCAUUAAUUAUGUGGCCCCUAUUCAGGAAAUUGCCUCCAAGUUAGAAAUUAAAGCCAUGCCUACAUUUCUAUUGCUAAGUGGAGGAGCUCCUGUGGACAAAAUUGUGGGUGCAAAUCCUGAUGAAAUAAGGAAAAGGAUUGAUGAGUUUAUUCACUCAACUCCUACCUAUAAAUCUGUGUGAACCAUGCACAUGAUCAAGGACUUCGCCAGAGUGAUUGUACUAGGAAUCAUUUCCUAGAUGUUUUAUAUUCAAUGUAAUAAGUUUAGUACUGGCUUGUUCAGGGCUUGUUUGUAAAUGUUUUGGGUGGCUAUGUGAUGUAGCUUGGACAUGGAAAGUUGCUGGAUGUAAAUGGUAUUUGUAUUUUAGUUUGGGUUGGAAUU